AUGUCUAAUACCGAGGAAUUGAUCCAAAACUCAAUAGGUUUUCUCCAGAAAACUUUUAAAGCACUCCCAGUUUCGUUUGACUCCAUUCGACAUGAACCACUUCCAUCUUCAAUGUUGCAUGCAAGUGUUCUCAAUUUUGAAUGGGAACCGCUCGAAAAAAAUAUUUCGGCAAUUCAUGAUAGAGAUUCUUUGAUUGACAUUAUACUUAAAAGAUUCAUUAUAGAUUCAAUGACAAAUGCUAUUGAAGACGAAGAAGAAAAUAAUCUUGAAAAAGGGUUACUAAAUUCGUGUAUAGGUCUCGAUUUUGUGUAUAACUCAAGAUUUAAUAGAUCUAAUCCAGCUAGCUGGGGAAAUACCUUUUUCGAGUUAUUUUCCACCAUCAUUGAUUUGCUAAACUCACCAUCUACGUUUUUGAAGUUUUGGCCCUAUGCUGAAUCACGUAUCGAAUGGUUCAAAAUGAAUACAUCUGUUGAGCCAGUAUCAUUGGGGGAGAGCAAUUUGAUUAGUUACAAACAGCCUUUAUACGAAAAGCUGCGCCACUGGAACGAUAUUUUAGCUAAAUUAGAGAAUAAUGACAUCCUUAAUACCGUCAAACAUUAUAAUAUGAAAUACAAACUAGAGAACUUUUUAUCCGAGCUACUACCUAUAAAUGAAGAAUCGAACUUCAAUAGAUCCGCUUCUAUUUCAGCUUUACAAGAAUCUGAUAACGAAUGGAACAGAUCAGCACGUGAACGAGAAAGCAACCGCAGUUCCGACGUUAUAUUUGCUGCAGAUUAUAACUUCGUGUUUUAUCAUCUAAUUAUUUGCCCGAUCGAAUUUGCUUUUAGCGAUUUAGAAUAUAAAAAUGAUGUGGACAGAUCAUUAAGUCCCCUUCUUGAUGCAAUCUUGGAAAUCGAAGAGAACUUUUACAGCAAAAUCAAGAUGAACAAUAGGACUAGAUAUUCCUUAGAGGAAGCUCUGAACACUGAGUAUUACGCGAAUUACGAUGUUAUGACCCCUAAAUUACCCGUGUAUAUGAAGCAUUCAAACGCAAUGAAAAUGGACAGGAAUGAAUUUUGGGCGAAUCUACAGAAUAUUAAAGAAUCAGAUGACUACACUCUUCGACCUACCAUUAUGGAUAUCUCUUUGAGCAAUACGACCUGCCUUUAUAAACAAUUGACUCAAGAGGACGAUGAUUACUACCGCAAACAGUUCAUUUUACAACUAUGUUUCACAACAAAUCUUAUACGCAAUUUAAUUUCUUCUGAUGAAACGAGGAAUUUCUAUAAAAGCUGCUAUUUGAGGGAAAACCCGUUGAGCGAUAUUGAUUUUGAGAACCUUGAUGAAGUUAACAAAAAGCGUGGGCUCAAUUUAUGUUCAUACAUUUGCGACAAUCGUGUUUUGAAAUUUUAUAAAAUUAAAGACCCUGACUUUUAUCGUGUUAUCCGCAAAUUAAUGUCUUCUGACGAAAAGUUUACAACCGCCAAGAUCGAUGGCUUUAAAGAAUUCCAAAACUUCAGAAUAUCUAAGGAGAAGAUACCGCCACCCGCUUUUGACGAAACUUUUAAAAAGUUUACGUUCAUCAAGAUGGGGAAUAAAUUGAUUAAUAAUGUUUGGAAAAUACCUACUGGUCUAGAUAAAAUUGAGCAAGAAGUAAAGAAGCCUGAAGGUGUCUAUGAAGCAGCCCAAGCGAAAUGGGAAUCAAAAAUUUCUUCUGAAACUUCCGGUGGAGAAGCGAAAGAUGAAAUAAUCAGACAAUGGCAAACUUUACGGUUUCUAAGAUCGCGAUACUUGUUCGAUUUUGAUAAAGUUAACGAAAAGACUGGUGUUGAUGGUUUGUUCGAGGAACCCAGAAAAGUGGAAGCGUUGGAUGAUAGUUUCAAAGAGAAACUUUUGUACAAAAUCAAUCAAGAGCACAGGAAAAAACUUCAGGAUGCUAGGGAGUACAAGAUUGGAAAGGAAAGAAAGAAGAGGGCACUGGAAGAAGAGGCUUCGUUUCCUGAAAGAGAGCAAAAAAUUAAGUCGCAACGUAUAAACAGCGCUUCUCAAACAGAAGGAGAUGAGUUGAAGAGCGAACAGACGCAACCAAAGGGAGAAAUAUCAGAAGAGAAUACCAAAAUAAAAAGCUCGGAAGUUUCUUCGCAAGAUCCUGACAGUGGUGUUGCCGGGGAGUUUGCUCCACAGAAUACAACAGCUCAACUAGAAAAUCCAAAAACAGAAGAUAACAAUGCAGCUACUUCGAACAUUUCUAAUGGUUCAUCUACCCAAGAUAUGAAAUAA